GCGAGGCUUGGAACACAUUGAAAUCCAGUGAGCGGUCCGCGUGAAUGGUUUGACACGAGAAGAGGAAAGCGGUGACCGCCCGGUGGGAGGAGGACAGGACAGUGAAAAAUGUCAGACUUGCAAAGUCAAAACACUUUCUUCAUCGACACAACCAUUAAGAGGAGGAAAGAAGCCAAUGAGAAGAAAGUAAUUUUGGCAUGGGCUCUCCUGAAUGCAUCAUUAGCAGGGAUGCUUUACUCAGAAAUGUCCGGUAAAAUGAUUAGUUCAUACUUCAGUGUUUCAGACUGGCCGCUGUGGUACAUUGAAUUAGGUUUUGCAUUUGUAUUCAGCAUGAAUGCACUGUAUGAUUUUUGCCAUUAUUUCAAAUACACAAUGACCUCUCCGAGCCUUGCUAUGAGUCCAACCCAGCAAAAGCUACUUGGAGUACCUGACUCGUUUGUACAGGCCUCUCCACCACGAGAUCUUGUGAAAAAUGUUCCAAUGUCUACGCCAUCACCCAGCAUGCAAGGCCAGAAUGUGUUAAGCUUCAGUCCAUCCCGAUCACCUAGUGCCAACCCAAAGUUUUCUAAUAGCUGCAUUAGUGGGUACAGUCCUCCAAUACAGACCAUGUUGCCUAGUAGUGGUGGUUCCUUUUCAUCUGCUUUGCCUUAUUCAUCAAAUAGUAGCUUCUCCAAAAUGCAGAGUUACAGCCCUGCUCCAGGCUCACCGCAAUAUGCAAGCAAUCAUGGUCUCGCAGAAAGCAGUGGAUUGAGGUCUCGAUAUCGUUCUUCACCAUGUGCCUAUAGUUCACCAAAAGACAAGGAAGAUUAUAUGACAGAUCUGAAGCUGUUGGAAACAUUUCUUAGAUCUGAAGAGGAGAAACAGCAACGCUCUCAAAUUGGUAGUCCAGAUUCCACUUCACCUUCAAACAGUCCAACGUUUUGGAAUUACAGUCGUUCCAUAGGAGACUAUGCCCACACUCUGACAAAGUUCCAGUACCAGCUAGCCUGCCGCUCUCAGGCACCAUCUGCACAUAAGGAUGAAGUAGAUCUUAGCUCCAAACAAGCAGCAGAAGAAGUUUGGGCACGAAUCUUAAUGAAUCGGCAUCUGUUGGACCAUGUGGAUUCAUGCACUGCAAAAUUGCGAAAUUGGAUUAAUGAAACUAUUCUGGUACCACUAGUCAGUGAAAUGGAUUCUCUGAACAUGCAGAUGAGAAGACUGGGAUGCCCUGAAUUACAGAUAGGAGAAUCUAGUAUUAGCAGUUUGAAGCAAGCGGCUCUCUUAAAAGCCCCCCUUAUCCCUACCCUCAAUGUUAUAGUGCAGUAUCUGGACAUCACUCCAAAUCAAGAGUACCUUUUUGAGCGCAUUAAAGAGCUAUCUCAAGGAGGAUGCAUGAGCUCCUUUCGGUGGAAUGCAGGAGGAGAUUUCAAAGGUCGCAAAUGGGAUACUGAUCUACCUACAGACUCUGCAAUCAUCAUGCAUGUAUUCUGCACAUACCUUGAUUCUCGAUUGCCUCCUCACCCUAAGUAUCCUGAUGGAAAAACUUUCACUUCUCAGCAUUUUGUCCAGACACCAGACAAACCAGAUAUGUCAAAGGAAAAUCUGUUUUGCAUUUAUCAGAGCAGCAUCACUCCUCCCCAUUAUGAACUAAUCUAUCAGAAGCAUGUCUACAACUUGCCAAAGGGAAGAAACAAUCUAUUUCAUACUUUACUUAUGUUCCUGUACAUCAUAAAGACAAAAGAAUCUGGAAUGCUUGGGAGAGUUAAUCUUGGCUUAUCGGGUGUGAACAUCUUAUGGAUAUUUGGCGAUCUUUGAUACUAGGCAUAACCAUUGUUUGAAGAUUUUACUUUAUUUUUCCACUUUUUGGAGGGUGUGGAUGGGGAUUUUAUUUUAGUGUUUUUUUUUUUUUAUGACAGCUGUAUUUUUAUAGUAUCUAGAUUUAUUUAUAAUGGUUUUCAAGAGACAGUUUUCUUCUAGAUUUUUUUAUAGUUUUUGAGACCAUCUUCUUAAGCACGAUACCUGACAAGCACGUAGAAAGACCUUGCAGUAGUGUGAUUUGUGGGAAAUCAGUUUGAAAAUAUCUGCGCCAGCAAAAACUAUGGGUUACAUCUACAUGUGCAUCUACAUACAUUUUUCUCUAGCACCACUGAAACCAUUUACAAACUUUUUAAAAGUGCAGACUGAACAUUUUUAGACUUGGUUUUUGUUUUUUUCAGUGUAUGUUAAAUUAAUUUUGCUAUUUGUAACUUUUUUUUAUUAUUUCCCUUGCCAAAUUCUAUUUUUGAACUUUGGUUUGUAUCUUUCAUGUUUGACAGUACCCUACUAGGUCAAUGAUUACUGAUACAAUUCCAAAUAUAAAUACAUUUUAGUUUUUUUUGGGAACAAACGUAAUUUCUCCAUGCGAGUUCAGAUAAUUUAUUUACAGAUUUCCA